AGGGGGAGAUGGCUGUGUGACGUACUCGUGUCAGCUUCCUGUUUACCGCCUGGUGAACCUUCAGGCUGUAGUACACAUAUUGCAAUACCACGGCUAGGGCUUUCAUCCACAACAACAUAUGCAGCAUUGCGACCCCGCAGCCACAGGACUGACUACUAUAUAACUUUAAUCCGUUUAUCUUCAUGGUCGUGGUUACUAAGGAGACAUGAAGACGUGACAUUGGGGAAACGUGAGCAGGCCGGGAAGGAUCCUGGAGAUUUCCUGACUCCAGUGGACCGGAGAUCAGUGAGCUGGUGCUGAGAGUCGGUCAUCACUUGUGUCACAAACGCAAACAAAACAGUGGUGAUGUGGAGGACUAUACAGGUCUGAACAUUGUCUUAAAUGAGUAUACGGGUGUUUUGAGUCAGUGCGAACCACCAACCUACGGCUGGAAAGCUGAACUAGCUUGUUAGCUUGUCGUGCUAACUCCGAUAGCAGCAGCAGCCGUGGUGUCGGCGUCUGGCUGUGCGGGCUGGCGGCUUGUGUUCGGAGAGUGGAGCAGCUCGCCGGUGCCCUGAAUUCAGGAAGACUCCCCGGCUCCGGCCCCCUCAAGCAGGCAGUCAGGAAGAAGCUGGCUGGGAAGGGAUGGCCUGGUCGAUCUUCCCGUUCCAAAGGACAAGGCUCUGCGGUGUUUGAAGGAGGUCGAGUUCGGCUAGAGGCCACCACCGCGGGUCGAGGCGCUAUGAUGGCCGCCUGCCCCUCCUCGGCCGGCGGCUACCCAGCCUCCGGUCUGUCGGUCAGAAAGAGCGAGGAAAUAGCGGAUUUGAUAGAUCUGUUUUCUAAGAUGCAGUACAGAGCAAAGGAAGUAACUCCUCGGGUGGAGGCGAUAGAGAAGCGCUGUCUGGAGUUAUUUGGCAGAGAUUACAAGUACAGUAUCAUCCACAACUCCAAUGGAGAAGUGUGUGGCCACUACCCCCGGCAGAUAGUAUUCCUGGAGUACGAAUGCACAGAUGUGGAGAGAGACAGGUUUGAGAGCGCGGUGCAGAUCAGUAAGCUGCAGGACCUGGUGAACCGGAGUAAGCUGGCUCGCUGCAGAGGGAGGUUCGUCUGUCCCGUCAUCCUCUACAAUGGAAAGCACAUCUGUCGCUCGUCCACUCUGGCAGGAUGGGGGGAGCUGUACGGACGCACAGGCUACAACUACAUCUUCUCAGGGGGCAGUGAUGACACAUGGACAGAGUCUGAGGAGCUUCCAGAGGAUGACAGUGCAGUGAGGAAUGGGGACUCCCAGCUCUUUGACAAGGUUCGAGGCCAUGACAUUAAGCUACUACGCUACCUCUCGGUGCGCUACAUCUGUGACCUCAUGGUGGAGAACAAGAAGGUUAAGUUUGGCCUAAAUGUCACGUCCUCUGAGAAGGCGGACAAGGCCCAGCGCUAUGCAGACUUCACCCUGCUUUCUGUGCCUUACCCAGGGUGUGAGUUUUUUAAGGACUACAAAGACAGAGACUACACAGCAGAGGGUCUGGUGUUCAACUGGAAGCAGGACUAUGUGGAUGCUCCUCUGACAAUCCCUACGAGCUUCACUCACAACCUCAACAUCGACUGGACUCGAUACCAGUCGUGGGACCUGGUGGAGCAGACCCAGAACUACCUAAAGCUGCUGCUCCACAUCAUCAACAGUGAUGAUGAGAGCGGUCUCCUGGUGCACUGUAUAUCGGGCUGGGACCGUACGCCUCUGUUUGUGUCCCUCCUCAGGCUCUCCCUGUGGGCAGAUGGCGCUGUGCACGCCAACCUGGAGCCGGCCCAGAUCCUGUAUCUGACCAUCGCUUACGACUGGUUCCUCUUUGGUCACAUGCUGCCAGAUCGACUCUCCAAAGGGGAGGAGAUUUUCUUUUUUUGCUUCAAUUUUUUGAAGCACAUUGUCUCAGAGAAGUUCUCUGCUGUUAAGAAACAAAGAAGGAAGAACUCCCACUUCAAAGACAGUGAUUUCACUGUGGAAGACCUCUGCCAGUUAAAGCCCAAGGACCGCGGCAGUGUGACCAGUCUGAGCAGUGACUUCUCCCUCAUCACUGAAGAGGCGGGCGCCGCCUCCAGCCUCACAAACGACACUGUGGACCUGUUCCCCAGCCAACCCCAGGCCUCCAGCUGGAGAAAAGGCCCCGCCUCCUCUCCUCAGAUGGUUGUUUGGAAUAAAGCCCACGCUUUGGACGAGCACCUCUCCCAUCCACUCACUGAGGCCAGGUCUUCCAGCUCCUCCUCCUCCAACCAAUCAGAACAUGGCGUCACACGCAUUGGCAGUAGCCCAUUGGCUGUCCCUGGAAGAAGGUUAGCAGCAGACUACACCCGGUCAGGUUCCUCCCUCUCUACAGAGUACGGCAGUUGGCAGAUAGUUUCAGGUUGUGGCAGCAUCCAUGACCACUCUCACUUCCCUCCCCCUCUGGCCUCGGCCUUCUCCAGCUCAUCUGCUGUGGCUGCUGCCUACGACUGCCCUCUGCCCUUCAGUUUUCAGGAUGAAGGACCCAGUGGACGGAUGUGUCCCCUCCCCUCUGAGCGCCAGGCCCGUCUGGAGGCGGUGCGGGAGGUCUUCCUGGCCGCCUACAGCUCCACUGUUGGCCUCAAGUCGUCAGCGCCCAGCCCCUCUGGCGCCAUCACCGGUCUGCUGGAGCAGUUUGCCCGUGGGGUUGGCCUCCGGGGCACCAGCGCCAUCGUCUGACCCUCUCAAUGUGACUUCAGACAGUCCUCCUGCUUCCAUCCAUCCAUCUAUCCAUCCACAGUCGAUGCAACAUGCCUGGACUGGAGGACAAUAAAGUGCCAAACCUCUCUGUUCAAUUGUGAAGCAUUGAUUUUUACCUUUUGAUUUUGUUUUCAAACCUUACAUGCUUAGAUAAAAAAAAAGAAAUCUCUGCUGCUCCAACUUUUCUUUGGACUUUUAAUCUUCCAUGUUGAGUUCAUCAUUCAGCCACAGUAUCAAAAGGGAUAUAAAGAAGGCUUUCUAACUGCUGAAAUGUAAAUGGCUGAAUAUGGGUGUCCCUGUAACAGGCAGAAUAUAAACACUUCUUUCUUCCUCUAUUCUUCCUCACCUGUUCCUAAUUUUCCAAACUCCCUUCAGAGUCCUUGCAGUCAUCGUCCCGUGUGCAGGCAGCGAUGUGUUCUUAGUUCUCUUGUGUUGUGCUGCUACCCAUUACUGAUCCAAGCAGAGGGAUUUUGUUUUGUUGGUUGGAUUUGAUUAGAUAAAUCAAGCACUACAACCAACUUUUUUUGGUUUACAGCUUUGAUAGCUAAUAUGUGGCUUCAGCAGUUUGAGUAAGGGCCAGUGCUUUGUCCUGGUCUUACAUCAUAUUCUGUGACUCAAAUAGGAAUUCUCAGUUUUGGCAAGACCCCUUAAGGUUAAGGUUCACUGUGCUAAUCCAUACAACAUAUCGUCUGACCACAUCGAAAGGCCCAAAUGUUUCUAGCGGAAAGGCCACUCCUGAAGCCUCAAAGAGAGGGCUGCGAAGCAGUGUUCAUAUAGGGACAAACUGUUGAAGGCAUUCAUGGUGUUGUGAGAAUCCUGCCUCCUUUCUCCCCUUAGACCACCUGGCCAACACUGUGUGAAGGGGCCUGAUUUAAGGUCGAAACCUUAGUUUCAGAAACUGCUGGAUGCAGCGCAGGUUCCUAGGCUGUUCCAUGAUCCAACAAGCACUUUCUUUGCAGCAUACUGAAACCUUUAAUCUUUAGUGUGUCAUCCGGAAACAUCUAAAGGCAAAAGAGUUCAUAGCUGUUAAGAAUGGUCAAACCUGAAGGCUGGGAGAAAAGCCAGUAUGGACUAGGCAUGGGCCGGUAUACGAUUCCGACGGUAUGAUAACCUUCAGCAAAAAUAUCACGGUUUCACAAUAUCACAGUAUUGCAAUUACAGCUUUAAAAUGUUUUUGAUUUUAAAUGUCUGGGUAAAGAAUAUUUUUUUCCCCCCAUUGAACACAAUGUAUUUUAUCUUUUUAAACACACUGCACACUGGCAGGGAGAGGGAUUACUAAACUGCAGUUUAUCUCCUUGACCACUCAAAAAAACAGCUCAUACCUUAGGAACGGUAUGACAGAAAAUGUUAGUGGUUUUGAAACCUUGACUUUUUCAAACAACGGUGUGCCUUGAAACCGGUAACCGGCCCAUGCCUAGUAUGGACAGAAGGGACAAUUACAGCCACCUGCUAGGAAGAUAGGCAGACUAUCCUUUAACUAGAUAACUUUAAAAUUCUGUGAUAUUUUCUUCAUUUUCAUAACAUAAGUUUGGAUGUUUCAACAUGGACAGGAACAGUUCCUGAAUGGCCUCACAUAGCAGUGUUUGAAGAUCGUAACCCAGGAAAUGAAGCAAUCCUAGCUGUCAUUUCACCUCUCCAGUCUGUCUUCAUAUCCUCCACCUGAGUCCAUAUCUGGUCAUUUCUUCUUCAGUAGCACUGACAUGGUAGCACAAGCCACUGAGCCUGGUGGUAGCAGAUCUGUGAACCGGAGGCCUUUUCAGUGUUUCAGGAGUCCAGUGAAGCGAGGUCUACAGGACUCCUGCCAGUGCUGAGCUUUCUGCCCAGCUAGGAUCACACCAAGCUCGGUCAAAAACGUGUGUCUUUUCUUUCAGGUCACUCUUGGAGAAAUAUUUCUACCUGAGCUACUUUUGGGUAUAUUCGCACUCUGAAGUAAUUUUCUUGUUCUUUUCUGUUGCCAAACAGUUUGGACCGCUGCUGUACCUCAGGAUGUUUUGUUGUGCCUUUUUUAUCUUCAGUAACGCUGGGUCAGAUCUCUACUUCUUCUGGUCCAGUUUCAGGUGUAUUUCUGUUUCUUAAAUGAUUGUAAGAGCUUGGGGGGUGUGCAGCUGGUUGUUGAUGAAAGGUUUGACUGUAGAGCAUUAGCAAUGAUAGCUUCAGGGCUUCCCCUUUAUCACUCACCUGGUAGCAAGAUUCUAAGUAUGUUUGUUGUACUGUAAGGUUGAUGUGAUGAUGAGCAAGAUUUUCAUUUCUGCUUUUGAAAAAGACUGUAGGAGAAGAGGAUUUUAUUGGUUUAAGGAAUAAUUCUAGUAGGAAUUUUGGGAAAUGCAUUUAUUCACUUUCUUUCUGAUAGUGAAUGACAGAUUAGCAUAAAGACUGGGAAGGAAACCGAUAGCUUAGCUCUGUUUAAAGUUUGGAGUCUGUUUAAGUGUGCAUACCAACACCUCAAAAGCAUAAUUGCCAUGUUGGUUUUUUGAAGCCAAGUAUGAUAUGUGGUAUAUAUGUAGUAAUUGUUCAAGGUCUUAAGUGUAAUUUUCAGAUUGAACAUAGGCUAGCUAUUCCCCCCUGUUUCUAGUAUUUAUGCUAAGCUAGGCUAAACACUGCCAGACUCCGGCUCUGUACUUAAAGCACAGACAUAAAAGAGGACUUGAUUUUCACAUCUUACUCUUAGAAAUAAUUUGAAUAAGCAUUUCCUAAAAUGUUCAACUGUUGUUUCAACUUGCAGAAUUUAGUGUUCUGCUUGCCAAAUAUAAGCCAAAUUCUGCUUUGUUUGUACAACAGAAACACAUUUGCUAAGCUGUUUUUAAACCACAGGAGGUGUCAUUCUUUUGUUCUUGAUGCAUUAAGGAGUUUGUGAGCAUGUGGUUCAUGUUCUCUGCAUGGGCUGUCAGAGUGCUUCCAUGUUGUACCCUCAGAGACACAAUCUGUCCAACGCAUGGCCUCAUCUUUCAGGAUAUCUUUCCUGAAAAGGAGUUCUAGUUCAGUCAAGGUUUCAUAUCAUUUGUCUUUAUUUUUGCAUCAUUUAAUCUAUUCUGUCUGCCUGUAGCUGUUAAGCAGUCAAUCACAGGACCCUUGCAAUAACAUUUUCAAAUUGCUGAAAAGUCAUUGUAAGAAUUUCUCAUCCUAGUUUACUAGAUACGUGUCACGUUUUCACUCAAUGGUUUCGUAUGACAUCCUCCAAGUUUAUCUCCAUACAGCAUACAAUGUUUUACAAACUCACUUUUAUUUCAGAAUCUGAUAAAAAUGCUGCAUUGCAUUCGUCCCGAUGUUCUCUGUGUAAAGACUUCUUUGUACAGUUGAUGCAUUUUUAAGUAAUUCUACUUUUAUUUUUUGUUAUAAAUUGCUCUUAAUUGUUGGCAGGUGACAGGCCACAAUGAAAGAUGAACGGAGCAGGGAAUAAACAAAAAACACAUCUUGUGA